CACUGUUAUUUAUAUAUGAACAUUAAGUAAAAUUUGGAUUUUUGGUGAUCUAUGUUCUGUAGGCCUAUCUUUGUAUUAUAUCUUGUACUGUUCCAAUGUAUUCAGGUGAUCUAAUUUUUCGCUGUUGCUGCAGGUGAGCUAUCUGGUGGUGCUUACGGGUUUAACGUGCACGGAGUCGUGCUCACAAUGAACGUCGUAAGACCGGUGACUGUCGGUAUCGGCGCCGUUCCUUGCGGUUUAGUUCUCAGGGCCGCAAUGGCAGUGAGGAGUCAAGCGGAGCUCGAAUCGCUGAUACUGAGCGAGGGCACAGGUGUAGGGUAUGGGUACAACCUGAAUUACGGCAACACACAAGACGAGGUCCAAACACUGGUCAGCUACGAGGUGGCUCCUCUGGAGAACCAGCCCCGGGCCAUGGUCAGCAAAUACACUGUGGGGUGCGAGGGGGUCAGCAACAACACCAACACCACCGGCCGAUACUUCCACUUCAACUUAUACAAUCACAUGGAUGUUGAGCAAAUGACAUCACUGAUGAUCAGUUCCUACCACCGCCAAGCUCGUGUCGCCCAGUUACCGGAAGUCCGGUUCCUUGACGACAUCCUGUACGUCCUGGGUGACACAUACGACACCGACUACCCCAUCUACAGGACAGCCAGACCGCCUGACGUGUUCUCCACUAUAACCACAGCUCUCUUUGACCUGACCUACUGCAAUCUGUAUAUCUACGUGGAUAAUCCCUUGACCGGAAGUGGACCUAUUAUGAACUUGACGCUUCCAGCAGGACCCCAGUGUCCAUGACCUUCAUAUAUAUAUGGUGCAAGUGUUGCAGCCUAUGCUGGUCUAGUCAACUGAGGACCAAGGGGGGCGGGAUAUGAGACACCUGUUUAUUUCCUCUAUGUAAUGUAGCUGUUUCAUGACACUCUGUAAUAACAAUAAAAUAGGCAAUAAAUAUUCUUAAACACAUUCCUCUGUCACAUAAAUAUAUAAAUCAUUUAAAAUUUUAUUCCCG